AGAUGGUGGUCAAAGCUGAGAGAAGCAGCUGACUCGUUACAAAUGUUUGCGAUGAUAAACUUUACAUCGCCCCGGACUAGUGACAUUACUCAGCUCCGCCGGAGCCCCGGCGCUGUCCGUGCGGCGGCCGAAGCCGAGCUGGUUCUCUAGGCAGACCGCCUGAGAGCCCCAGACGGACGGACUGCGUUUUCUCCACAAGUUGUAAGAUGUUUGCAUGAAAAGGGGCACACAGGGACUGGCCCUCCUCCCUGCACUGACCAUGGCAGACCCUGCCACUUUUCAGACUGAGCCAUGUAUGGAAACUGAGCCAGACUGCAGCACAGGAGUCAUCAAUAACUGUUCUUCUGAGGAGCCAAACAAGAAACUAAAAAUGAACCAUGAGCGUUGUGCCAACGUGGAACAACAAAAUGUUGACUUCUGGUGUAGUCUGUGAAGAAUGUAAAGAGUAUUUCCUGGAGGAAUGCCCUACCCAUGGUCCCCCUGUGUUUGUACCUGAUACUCCCGUUGCAUUGGGUGUGCCCGAUCGCGCAGCUCUCACUGUGCCUUCAGGUAUUGAAAUCAUUAAGGAGGGCCAAGAGGUGGACGUUUGCUGCAUGGAUGAGAACAUACCCAAGGGAGCACUGUUUGGCCCUUACCAAGGCCGACUGAUAGCCCAGGACAAACCGUCAGGGAUGCACUCCUGGAUGAUUGUUAAUGAGGACAACACAUACAAAUCUAUUGAUGGCUAUGAUGAAACCUUAGCAAACUGGAUGAGGUACAUUCGGAUGUCUUCAGAGGAGAGUGAGAGGAACUUGAGUGCAUUCCAGCAUGGCGAGCACAUUUAUUUUCGCGUGUGUCGCAGACUGGCAGUGGGGGAGAGGCUUCGUGUGUGGUACAGCGAUGACUACAUGAAACGACUACAGACGGUGUCUCAGGACAGCAUCGACCGCAACCUGGACACAGGGUUAAAUUCAGAAAAUCUAACUCAACACCAGGAAGAAACUCAAGGCCCAAUUCUCCGCUCUGCUCUACAUGGGAGAAGGACCCUCAGCAAGCACGGGAGUGAUGAGGCAGACAGCCAGCCUCAAGCCAAGAAGAAAAAGAUUGAUCUCAUAUUCAAAGAUGUUCUAGAGGCGUCGCUGGAAGCAAGCCAAAGCCAAGACAAUCCGCUAAACAGCACUCUGUCAUUACCAAGAACAAGAACACAAGUCGGCAAUGUUUUCAACCAAUCCAGUUCGUUUUCACACCAUGUAGUGGAAUCAUUACUUGGGCAGACUGAAAGCAAGGUGGCUCUUGUGGCUUCUGGACUGGCCCCAGUGGAACAGCUCGAGAGUAGCCUCGGCGAAAGAUAUGUCAAAAUGGAGAAUACGGAGGAAGAGCCCGCUGUGACUAAUGAUGGGCCAUCUACAUCUUUCUGCCCAAACUGCGUGAGACUAAAGAGACGGAUACGUGAACUGGAGGCAGAGCUGCUCCGUUUUAAACAGCAAGAGCAGACUGAGACUUUGGCCCCAUCUGAGCCCCAGCCCAGUGAUGACCUCAGAGCAGUGGAAGCCAUGACGCCCAUCCCAGUCGUGCUGGAAGAGGAUGACCAGGAUGUUGACUCUGCAGACGAGUCCAUAGCUGCUGACAUGAUGGUAGCUACUGACGACUCUUCAAAACUGUCUGUUGGUCCAGGCCGGCGAAUUCGCCGCUUCAAGCAAGAGUGGUUAAAGAAGUUUUGGUUCUUGCGUUAUUCUCCAACAUUAAACGAGAUGUGGUGCCAUGUGUGUCGGCAGUACACCGUACAGUCCUCAAGGACUUCUGCUUUCAUCAUUGGCUCCAAGCAGUUCAAAAUUCAUACCAUCAAGCUCCACAGUCAGAGCAACCUGCACAAGAAGUGUCUGCAGUUGUACAAGCUACGCAUGCAUCCUGAGAAGACAGAGGAGAUGUGUAAGAAUAUGAUGACACUCUUCAAUGCUGCCUACCAUCUUGCAGUCGAAGGACGGCCAUUUUCUGACCUUCGCCCCCUGGCAGAGCUGCUGAAGAAGUGCGAACUUAAAGUAGUUGAUCAGUACAUGAACGAGAGUGACUGCCAAAUUCUUAUUCACCACAUUUCUCGAGCAUUUAAAGAGGACUUGGCAGAGAAAAUCCGCCUCUCACCUUUCCUUGGUGUGAUCAUGGAUGGGCAAAAUGAUGAUUUACUGGCAGACACAGUCGCAGUUUAUGUGCAGUUCAUCACUGCAGAGGGCCCACCUGCUACCGAGUUUCUCUCUCUGCAAAGAUUGAGUGGUGGCAAUGUAGAUGGCUAUCUCCAGGCAGUUGACCGUGCCUUUGGUGUCCUAGGCUUGAGGUUCCAGGACAUGCUAGUGGUUGGCUUGGGAAUAGAUGGUUCUAACAUCUCAUCUAGCCUCCGAGCAAACCUCUAUGUAACCCUGCGGAAGACCAUUCCCUAUGUCUUGUGUCUACCAAUUAUGAUCCAUCGUCCCCACAUGGAAAUACUGGAUGCCAUCUGUGGGAAGGAACUCUCAUGUUUAGAUGAUUUGGAGAACAACUUGAAGCAGUUAUUGAGCUUCUACAGAUAUUCUCCCCGUAUGAUGGCUGAGCUGAGGUCAACGGCACCUACUUUGUCAGAGGAGACAGAGUUCCUUGGGGACAUAAGAGCAGUUCGGUGGAUCAUAGGAGAGCCUAAUGUUCUGAACGCCCUCAUUAAAGACUAUCUGGAAGUGGUCACCCAUCUUAAGAGCAUCAGCAAUCAGACCCAGAGGGCAGAUGCAUCAGCCAUUGCUCUGUCUCUCCUUCAGUUUCUUAUGGAUUACCAGUCUGUCAAGCUGAUCUAUUUCCUUUUGGAUGUCAUUGCUGUUCUGUCACGCCUUGCCUUCAUCUUUCAGGGAGACUAUCUUUUAGUGUCCCAAGUGGAUGCCAAGAUUGAGGAGGCAAUUCAGGAGAUUGGCCAGCUGGUUGAUUCUCCAGGAGAGUACUUGCAAGAGUUUGAGGAGAACUUUCGCGAGAGCUUCAAUGGUGUGGACCUGAAGAAUCUGCGGGUGGCAGAAUCCAAGUUUCAGUCCAUUCGGGAAAAAAUCUGCCAGAGGAGCCAGGGCAUUCUGGCACAGCGCAUUGAUCAGCGCAGCCGUUCUGUGGUGCAGGCUUGCAAGGUUCUCGAUCUGGCUACAUGGCCGCACAACAGGGAUGAUCUCCGAACAUAUGGGGAGGAAGAGAUCCUGCUCAUCUUUGACCAUCUGGAGACGAUUCCCUCAUCAGGUCGUGAACUGUCACAUGAUCGAAUAGAUAUACGAGGAAGCCUGGUAGGCGAAUGGAGGGAUCUCAAAGCCGACUACUAUAGCAUGAAUGGCUUUAAGGAAGUGAUGAGUCAUAUCUGCAGAUACAAACAGCGUUUUCCUUUGCUGAACCAAAUCCUGCAGGUGGUAAGGAUCCUGCCAACGUCCACUGCCUGUUGCGACAAAGGACGAGAGUCUUUACACAAAGUGCGAAGGAACAACCGCUCCAGGCUAACUCUGGAGCAGAUGAAUGACCUGCUCACCCUGGCUGUGAAUGGGCCACCUAUUGCCAACUUUGAUGGCAAGAGGCCAUUGGACAGCUGGUUUGAGGAGAAGUCAGGGAACAGCUACACACUUUCUGCGGAAGUGCUGAGCAGAAUGUCCAAUGCAGAACAAAAGACUGUGUUGCACACAAUGGAUGUGAAUUCAGAGUUUUAUCCUGAUAUCUGAUUGAUCAGAGCCUGCUUUUCAGCCAAUAAUAUUCCAAAAAAGCCAUCUCUGUGGGCGUGAGCUGAUCUCUGGGCUGUUAUGUGAUUGGCCAAUAUGACGUUGGCCCUGCUGCUACAAUGGCCUGGUCAGCUAUACUUAUUCAUCCUAUGAGAAUAGUAGGAAUGCCUUUGCAGGGCAUUGGCACUUGCACACCUACGAUUAUUCUGGAAUGUGUUAUUUCAUGUGAUUUGAUGCUCCAAAGAAAAAGAAAGCACUUAUUGUUUGAUGAAACAAAUAGAUAUAUCGAAAAUUAGAUAUGACAUUUUCUGGAGCUGUUGCUAUUUUCAGUUAUUAAUUUCAGAGCGUCUAGUUACAAUAUUUUGCGUGAACAUGCACAGUAAAGCUUGUUUUGUUUAUUAGAAACAGACAAACCACCUAUGGCUUAACAUUGAUUUUUCCUAUAUCAGCUUUUUCAAAGCAAUUGACGUUUACUUCAUGUUGCUUUAUAAUAUGUGAAGAUUAUACAACACAAGGCUCUUGAUUGUUGUAGCAUGUUUAAAAUGCUAUUAGUCAUCCAUUUAAGUAGAAAGAGACUUUAUUUUGCCACCUUAUUUUGCUAUUUAGACAUAAAGUGUUCUCUUUUUACCAGAAAUUCAAAGAUGUUGCUCCUUAAACCAAGAGGAAAACUUGCAAUCCAGCAAUGUUGUGUAUAUUUAUGUCUCUUUUUGAUGACCAAUGGAUGUGCCAUAAUGCAUUAUGCAAUCGUAACCCUGCACGAUGCAGUUUAUGUCAAACAUGGUAUAAAAUGCAAUAUGCAAGAUGCUAAUGCCUUAUACUCAUGAUUUUUAAAUUUGUUGUUGUUCUGAUGUUCUCUCUCUUCCCCUGCUUUAUGCUAUGUAGGUGAUAGGUCGGCAAUGGGAGAUGUUAUUGUACAUUUCAGCAUCCAGUCAAAGAGUUCUCUUACAGGCUUUUAAUGCUGCAAGAACAAACAUUUUGAAAACAUGGUAUUAUGCGUGAAUACCCUGACACUUUUAAGUAGGUAUGAGUAUUUGUUGUGCUAUAUCAUUUUACAGUGUACUUCUUUGGCUUGCCACUAAAUACCAUUGAUGACAUGUGCAAUGUAUUAUUAUUCUUUUAUGGACAUUGUUGUUACUUUCUAAAUGUUAAGGACUGAGAACACAUUCAUGCUUCAGUGAGGAAUACCGUCGAUUUAGAAGGUUAAGAUCGAUAAAAAUGCUGUGUACUGGGAUUCAGUAUUUUUGCUUAUUGAUAACAGGUGGCAUAUUUACCCUUUUCUGCGGUCACAAUGAAUUUCUUUAUCAUUUUGAUGCUGCUAAAGAAGUCUUAACCCUCGUUGCCAAAGUAUCUGCUGAAACGGUGAUUGAAAUGAGUAGAAAUAAAGAGCGAUAGAUCCUUCCUAUCAUUUUCACAAUGACUUCAAAAUAAUGUGUCGUAUGAUAUCUCAAUUUAAAGAGGCACUUAAACAGAGAAUACAGCCCUAUGCAGUAUAUGUUGUCAGAAUGUUAAUUAUACACAACUUUUGUCUUUGUGCGAAAAAUUUGAUGCAGUAAUUUUGCAUGUUAUCUGCACAAAUAUAUAUAUAUAUAUAUAUAUAUAUAUAUAUACAAGUGUAUAGUUCAAACAGAUAAUACGGCUGAGUUAUAAGAUUUUAUAUUUGCAAAAAAUAGAUGUUUCAUGCUGUAACUCUUGUAGGAAUUUCUAUAAAAUGAUGCUCUUUAUUUUGUAAUGUUGUUGGUUUUUCACAGACCUAUAAACUCUUGCAUGUGUUCAUGGCUGCAGAAAAGUCUUUUUAUUUUGAUUUUGAUUUGCGUGAUUGAGGACUUGAAAAAGCUUUAAUGCAAGGACUUGCACCGUCCAGUUUUUACAGAAAUUUUAUUUUUACCAUCCUAAACCUUUGUACUUCCAAAUGAUGCAUCAGCAACAUACAGUACUGUGCAAAAUGUUUGGUACUCAGACUUGAAAAGCUCUUUGUCUGGGCAGUAAGAGUUUAUAUGCUCAGAAAAACACUAAUAUUAGAAUGAAUACAAAUAAUAUUCAUAUAAUAAGUAGUAAUUUUAUGAAUGUUUUUGUUUAACCAUUUCCGCUUCUCUCUUUGGGGAAGUCAGAAUUUUUAUUUGUAGUAUUAUUUGUAGGUAUUAUAUAAUACCUGGUUCGGCUGAUCAGUACUUCAUUACAUUAAAAUGGAUGUGCUGCUAAUGGAAUUUGACAAAUCCAUGUGCUGGCUGGGAACAUCCAGGAGACAUCUGGAACCAGACUUUGUUCUUUAGCUCACAAGAGACCACCUACGUUUUUUUUUUAAAUAAGACAUUCUUACUUAUUCAUUGUGUUUGUUUAUUUGCAGCUAUUACAAACGAUAAAUGGUGAUAUUACAAGCAAAAUCACACUUUUUUUCAAGAUAAAUGGUUUUAAACAAUGUUCUUAUGUGCCUAAGACUUUUGCACAGUACUGUACAUUUUUCUGUACUUUGGUCAUUUUGGUAGCAAUUCAUAUUUGAUGUCUAAUGGCAUAGCAUUCUUCUAUUUGCAGUUCUGGUUCAGGCUGAAUUUAAUCUCAGUAGUUCUGUUGAAUAAUCUCACCGUGUGCUGCUUGAAUUCCAGCUUUUUCUGUUUUGAAUUGUGUGCUUGAAUGUUGUACAGACUGUUACCUCAUAAUGAGGUAUGUCAUUGUAUGUAUAAGCUUUUUUAGUUUUGAUACAGACAGCACACUAGCGCUAUCAUUCAACCAAAUGGAAUAGUGGACUUUUUCAUCUUCAUGCACGUCUUCCUGAUGUGUCCUUAAAAGAUCAUUGGGAUUUUUGCAUGUUUAGGGGAGUUUGUUUGUUUGUUUCUUUCUUUCUUUCUUUUGGCACAAAGAUAUACAUAUAUUGAACUCUUCUCUGACUCUGCUUUAAUUACCAGAAUGGUUGUUAAAAGUACUUUAUUGUAUUUGAGCCGACAGAGAGUCUCUCUCUCUCUCUCUCUCACACACACACACACACUUUUUCUUUUGAGCCAAAAUCAAGCUUAAGGUCAUUUUUGUUUUGUCUUUGUCUUUUUCUCCUGAAGCAUUAUGUACCAAAAUGUAAAUUCCAAAUCAAGAUUCAUACUUUUGUAUUUCAUGAUUUACAUCUUUUUUGUAAAAGUAUUCACAAUAACCUGUAUUGUAUUUUGUAUUGCUGUCAAUGUUUCAUUUGCUCACCUAAUUUGGGGGGAGCAGCAUUUUAGGCAUGAUGGGAACAAAAACAUCUCUGAUGUCAGGUUUAUAUUCAAAUAAGUCGGCGUGAAUGAAAUAUUUUGUUUUUAUUAUAAGUCGUGGCCACAACUAUACACAUUUACACAGCACACAGCUCUAUACACCGCACUCUUAGCAUUUGCAUGAAUACAUUGUAACACUGGAAAUCUAUAGCUAUAAACUAUAUGUGAACUUAAGAAAUUAUAUAGCUGGAGAUUGUGGUUAUGUACUGUAUAAAUCCACUCAAAAUGUAAGCUUAAUGAUAUAUAUUCCACAUAUAAUGGUUUAAUAAAGUUUUUGUAUUUUAUUU